AUGAAGCCAGCAUUGACUGCUGGUCUCUUGACAUACGCCCUGUUCGUGCAGCAGGCUGCCUCAACGAGCUGGGGCGAUCAACCCGUCUUCUCCAACCCGGACCACAGUGACAACAAGUGUAAUGUUGACCAGAACAACGGUUUCAACUGGGACAAGUUGCCAAAUGGAGGCUUCAGUGACUAUGGUGGCAUGAAGUUUGGUGGUUUUGAUUGCAAGAACUCCUUCCAGCCUAAGAACCGGAAGCGGAGCCUCGAGGCCAGGACGAACUUCAAGUCCAAGUGUAUCCAAGGCACGGUGGGCAAGUCUGCUCCUAGUGGACCCAAGAUCUCGUCUGGGGACAAGUUCUCCAUCGACUCGUUUGAUAUCUCUGUAGAAUUUGAUAUCGACCUGGACUUUAUUUUCUCCAUGCCUGAUGGGUCCAAGUGCAAGCACACUGCUCCCUGCAAGAAAUCAGGUUCAACGGUGAAGAACACUCAGUGUGGUGGAGCAAAGGAUGUGACUUUUCAGAUCCCUCCAAGCAACAACAAGAAGGAUUGUGAUUUCGGUAUUCAUACCAUCAAGUUUGACUGUCGUUCCAAGACCAAGACCUCGACAACGACACGUGCGACUUCGACAACGACGACCCCUCUGACUACCACAACCACCCCAGUGACAACAACAACCACAAAGUUUGUUCCCCCUCCACCUGAGACGACGACGACGACAACGACAACCAAGGAUAUUGACUUCCCGCCACCACCACCGGUCACAACCACAACUCCUGGUGUUGAUGUCCCUCCGCCGCCAGUUAUCACUACUACUACCACCACCACUACCAGCAAGCCUGAUGAACAACCUCCCCCACCACCGGAGACUACCACCACCACCACUACCACUGAGCCUGGUAAAGAGCCUCCACCACCGGAGACUACAACUACCACUAGCAAGCCUGGUGAGCAACCUCCACCUCCAGAGACAACCACUACUACCACCACCACUGAGCCUGGCAAGGAGCCCCCACCACCGGAGACAACGACAACGACCACCAGCAAGCCUGGUGAGCAACCUCCACCUCCAGAGACAACCACUACUACCACCACCACUGAGCCUGGCAAGGAGCCCCCACCACCGGAGACAACGACAACGACCACCAGCAAGCCUGGUGAGCAACCUCCACCACCACCAGCUACCACAACCACUCCUCCCAAGGACGAUGAUCAGCCUCCCCCGCCCCCAAUCAAGACCACGACAACCACAACGGAGGAUGUUCCACCGCCACCACCGGCAACGACGAUGACUACCACCAGCAAGCCUGAUGAACAGCCCCCACCGCCACCGGCAACGACGAUGACUACCACCAGCAAGCCUGAUGAACAACCUCCUCCGCCACCGGCAACCACCACUACAACCCCUUUCACUUCCUUCACCAUGCCCCCACCCGACACAACCACAACUACGACGACUACGUCCAGCGUCGUACCCCCUCCCCCUCCACCACCGCCACCAUCAUCUCCUUGCCCACCAGUUCUUCCUCGCUGCCUCAACACCUGGCUUGACCUCGUCAGCAGCUGCAAGUCCAAUAGCGACUCGAAGUGUUUCUGCCCUUCGGCCGACUUCAUCGUCAAGGUCCAGGAAUGUGUCUCCGCCUGGUCUGGCUCAGAUGACGAAGUCACAGCUGCAUUGUCAUACCUUGCAGGUAUUUGUGCCGACUACGUUCCUCAAAACCCUGGCAUUUGCACUGGCAUUCCAUCCACCAUCACUCUGAUCCCUCAACCACCUCCAUUCACCGACGACGCCGCUAUAGUCACCGAGCCAGCCACCAACGGUAUUGGCCGUGGUCCUCGCCCUCCCGUCACCGCGGCACCCACCGGUCCCGUCACUGUCGUCACGUACACACACACCGUGGAAGGCAAACCUGUCCCCGCGACCGUUACCGUCCCGCAAGUCAUCUUCAUCACCACAGACACUCCACCGGAAGCAACCGCCGCACCUGACACGCCUCCCGUUCCGGAAGUUGGUCUCGUGCCUUUUGCUCCUGCUCUGGUCACUGCAACUGAACCUCCCAGCCCUCAAGGUCCAGCCAAGACAGCUGUCCCGACUGGCAGUUCUACUGUUCCUGCCUCUGGUGGAUCAGGUCCAGAUGUCUUCAGCGGUGCUGCGUCGAGACAAAGUGUUGGUGUCUCGGCCAUUGCUGCUGUCCUCUUGGCCGGAGUUGCGUUCUUGGUGUAGAGAAAACAAAAAAGGGGGAAAAGAUAUGGGAUGGAUGGGUGAUUGCUUCGUUAAUUUACACGUGGAUCCGUCAUAGGACAAACGGCACAUGGGAUGGAUCGCAGGAUGGAUUGAUGGAUGAUUGCAGAGGAUUGGGUAAUAAUAAAAAACCACACAUGACCAGCUUAAUAAAUACCAAU